AUGGAUUAUUACAAGGAGCUUGGAAUUUCCAGAGAUGCAUCUGAAGAAGAUAUCAAAAAGGCGUAUUUUCGGCUGGCACUAAAAUAUCACCCCGAUAAAAAUCACGCGCCCGAAGCCACUGAAAAGUUCAAGAACAUCAGCCGAGCUUAUGAGAUUUUAUCCGAUCCUGAAAAGCGGCGCGUGUAUGAUAAUCAAGCUUCAGCCCCGCCGCCACAAAGCAAGCCGGCAUCCCAAAAUAGAUGGCCAAGACAAGAACAACAACAACCCUUCUAUGAUCCAUUUGCGGGGUUCCAUUUCCAUACACCCGAAGAAAUCUUUGCACAAUUCUUCAAUGGUCGUGACCCCUUUGCUGCAAUGAUGGGCGAUCCGCUCUCUUUAUCGCUAGACACCGAUCCGUUCUUUGAGCGACCCUCCAUCUUUUUUGAACAUCAUCAACCAAGGACAUACGCAAGCUUCAAUACCGAUUUCAGAAGGCACAUGGGCAAUGGUAGUAAAAGUUCGUCUCAAGUAACAACAACCUCUCGUUAUAUCAAUGGCAAAUAUGGAUCCGUUGUCGUGAAGACUAUACGUGAUAAUCAGGGUACACGUGUGAUUGAAGAUUAUGGCAAUGGAAGGAGGCGUGUUGUGGUGAAUGGCGUGGAAACGGAAAACACACUCACUCCUCAAGAGCAAUACAACCCUGUGAAACUGAUGACUCUAGAUACGUCUACACCUAACGAUGAAGCUCCACCAUCGUCUCGAAUGCCGCAAGAGCCACGCCGUGAACCAUAUGUGAAACCAUCACGUUCAGCUGCCCGACCCAUCCUAUUGGAUGAGAUAUCAGAUCACAAUAAUCGCUAUGGUCCUCGGCAGGGUGAUCAAGAACCUAGCAACGUAAGACGACACAUGAUACGACCUCCAGUGUCAGCAACUGCAUCCAUGCAACAACCAACAGGCGGUGUUCUUGAUACCUUGAAGCGUCUCUUUUGCUUUUGUUGUCCAUAA